GGCGGGGCUGUGAGCGGUGGUUCUUGCAGCGUGAACAUGGCAGCGGCAGCGACAUUGACAGGAUGGCGGAACGCGGUUCGGCGGCUGCUCGGAGCAGGAAGGAGCCGGAACCCCGUCUCCAGGAGCCUGUCGGAGACACGGACAGUGACGUUGAUCCCAGGUGAUGGCAUUGGCCCAGAGAUAUCUGACGCUGUAGUGAAGAUUUUUGACGCUGCAGAAGUUCCCAUUCGUUGGGAGGAGAGGACGAUUACAGCCAUCCAAACAUCAAGUGGACAAUGGAUCAUUCCACCGGAGGCCACAGAAUCCAUGAAUGCUAACAAAAUUGGAUUAAAAGGGCCUUUGAAGACCCCUAUUGCAGCAGGGCAUCCUUCGAUGAAUUUGCUACUUCGCAAGACCUUUGACCUUUACGCAAAUGUGCGUCCCUGUGUAUCGAUCGAAGGUUUUAAGACUCCCUAUAGUGGUGUAGACCUUGUUACAAUUAGAGAAAAUACAGAAGGAGAAUACAGUGGCAUAGAGCAUGUGAUUGUUGAUGGGGUGGUGCAGAGUAUUAAACUGAUCACAGAAGAUGCCAGCAGACGCAUCGCGGAGUUUGCGUUUGAGUAUGCGAGGAACAACCAGAGAAGCACAGUUACAGCCGUCCACAAAGCCAACAUUAUGCGAAUGUCAGAUGGACUUUUCCUGAGGAAAUGCAGAGAAGCAGCAGAAAAUGCUAAAGAUAUCAAGUUUACAGAAAUGUACUUGGAUACGGUUUGCCUUAAUAUGGUGCAGGACCCUUCACAGUUCGAUGUACUUGUAAUGCCGAACCUCUAUGGUGAUAUUUUAAGUGAUCUAUGUGCUGGACUAAUUGGAGGCCUAGGAGUUACACCAAGUGGAAACAUUGGGGAAAACGGAGUUGCAAUAUUUGAGUCUGUUCAUGGAACUGCGCCAGACAUUGCUGGGUUGGAUUUGGCAAAUCCCACAGCACUCCUGUUGAGUGCUGUAAUGAUGCUGCGACACAUUGAACUCCAUGAUCAUGCUAAAAAAAUAGAAGCUGCCUGCUUUGAAACAAUUAAGGAUGGAAAGGUGCUGACCAAAGAUCUUGGAGGCAAUUCUAAAUGUUCAGAGUUUACCAGUGAAAUCUGCCGAAGAGUGCGAGAUCAUGAUUGAGUCACCGUUCAUUUUCUUGCAAUACCAGUUCCAACAUAGAUGGAUUCUCUGUUACUGCUAUGCAAACAACUGCUGUAUAUUGUCAAAUGUCCUGCAACAUUUAUCAUAACUUUUGAUUGAAAGCUCUGAUUUGCUUUCAUUAGUGGCAUUCCAGUUUGUUUUCUAUUUAGAGUAUUUUUUGUUCAGACUGACUGUGUUGAUUUUUUUAUUGAAAGCUGCUAAUGAGAUUGGUCAUGAGAUUUCAUUGUUCAAUGCCAUUCCCUUUAAUUAAAACGUAUUACAACAUGUCUUCUCCCAUUUUGCCAACUCCUUGAAAGGCUGUUUUUAAAUGUUGUUGCUUUAAAGACUGGACAUUGCUUCUAUUCCACUGUUGAAGAUGGGAAUCACAAAUUGAGCUGCUUUUGUACUUGUUUAAGGAAACAUUUUGCUGUAAACUGGCUCCAACCAUAAAAUUGAUCACAUCA